UUAACUCUCAUAUUAAAAUCUGACAAUCUGAUAUGCCUCUCAGGAUAUACUUUUGUUUCAUUUGAGCAACUUCUGAUUUUCUGACUUAUUUAUCCAUUUUGUUAGAAUCACAUCUUCAGCAUCGCAUUUCUUGCAGUUUUCAGACUGACAGAUCUGAGAACAAGAAUUGAGGGAAAAAUGGAUGUUUAUUCAACUAAUAGUGGUAAUAAUUCUGCAAGAUAUGGUAGGGAGAUGGCAUCAACCAGCUUCAUACAGACUCCAUUUGCUGCAAUUUUGGAGUAUUCAGGUCUUCUUGGAAGCAGCAGUGCCUCUGCAUCUGCUGCUAUUGCUAAUGAUCACUCUCACGCACAAUCCGCCCACCAGGAGGUAUCUAUCGGGAUAAUUGGAGUUGGACCUGGUGAGAACCAGGACUCCAUAUCAGUUGACCUUGCUGAACAAGGAGCCGGCUUAACUGAUGUUGGUGUAAGUAGUGAAAUUGCAAACCUCAAUGUGGAGUCUGGAUAUGUUGUACAUUGCUUGGCUAGGUGGAUUGGGCACAUUCUUCCUUUUUUUUUGCUUCUUCUUCUUGUUUUUAUUCGACAACAUUUGCAAGGCUUUUUUGCUGCAAUCUGGAUUGCUGCACUCAUCUUCAAAUCAAAUGAUAUCUUGCAGAAGCAGGCGGCAUUAAAGGAGCAGAGAAGGAUAUAUGUUCUUCUGAGCAUCGCAAUCAGUUUAAUGCUCCAUGUGAUAUCUGUUUAUUGGUGGUAUCGAAAUGACGACCUUCUGUACCCUUUGAUUUUUCUUCCUCCAAAGCAGAUUCCCCCUUUCUGGCAUUCAAUAUUUAUCAUCAUGGUGAAUGAUGUUAUGGUGCAGCAGACAGCCAUGGCCUUCAAAUGUGUGCUUUUGAUACAUUACAAGAAUAGCGAAGGCCACAGUUACCGUAAACAGGGUCAAAUGCUAACUCUUGUUGAGUAUUUCCUGUUGCUAUACCGCACUUUGUUGCCAACACCUGUAUGGUAUAGGUUCUUUCUUGACAAAAAAUAUGGCAGCUUUUUUUCUUCAUUAACUACGGGGUUGUACUUGACCUUCAAGCUUACAUCCAGUAUAGAGAAGGUUCAAUUAUUCUUUGCUGCAUCGAGGGUCUUAUCAAAUCCAGAGGUGCAUUAUGGAUCUCGUGCCACAUCUGAGCAGGUCAAGGCAGCAGGGGAUCUCUGCGCUAUUUGCCAGGAGAAGAUGCACGCUCCAAUUUUACUUCGCUGUAAACACAUCUUCUGUGAAGACUGUGUGUCAGAAUGGUUAUUUCUUCACUUCCAUUUUAUCUAUAUGAAGAUCAAUACUUCUAUUAGACACACAAAACACAACUUUCUUUCCACUCAUCAAUGCGUUAACCUAAAUCUGCAUAAAAGAAUACGGAGUACUCUUCACCUUUGCAAACCUAAGGCAUGUAGAACAGUAUUUGUGAUAAUGAUUUUGAAGGUUUUUGCUUCUCAAUGCAACAUAUGUUUGAUUUCUGCAGCUGCUUCAGAGUUGAGAACUUUAAGAUAAAUAACACCUAAUUAUGUGGUAUAUUCAACCGUAGAAACAUACAUGGCCAUGGUUUCUAAACCAAGUCAUGUCAGUAGUGCAUGUUGAGUUUAAGAUGGAUAUAAACUACGUAAACAGUAUUCCAAUGGAGGCUUCAAACUGCAAAGCAUACAUCAGAUGUUACAAUUCCAAUGGAGAGAAGAAUGAAUUUUACAAUUUGUGAAGGAUAAUUUUAACUAGUUGCUCCAAAACCUUUUGUCAAUGUUUGUUGAACUCAUUUAAAUUUCAUGAAUAUUAAAAUUGCAUUUUGUUGAACAUUAACAAUCUUUGCAUACUUACCGCUUCACACAGUUGCAUGAGCUAACCUUACAUACUUACUGCAAGAAAACUAAAUUUGUGGCUGCAGC